CAAUAAUUGCCAAACCCCACUUGGGCUAUUCCAAUUCCUUUCUUCAAUUUUUUGGCCUCACCCCUUCAAAAACAUCUCUUUUCCUCCAUCAUCAUUCCCUUUUUCUUCCUCCAAGCUCCCCUCUCUCUCCCAUUUUCAAAUUUCCAUAUGCUAAAGAACUGACGGAGACGAUGACAACGUCAACGGCCAUGACAGGAGGACGAACAGCUCGUGUUUGUGACAGCUGUUUAUGCAAAAGAGCUCGUUGGUUUUGCGCAGCCGACGAUGCGUUCCUUUGCCAAUCCUGCGACGUCUCAGUCCACUCAGCUAAUCAACUCGCGAGACGACAUGACAGAAUUCGGCUAGAAACGUCGUCGUUUAACUCCACCGAUCAUCUCCCUCCAACUCCAUGGCUUAAAGGCUUCACUCGUAAAGCAAGAACUCCACGUUCAAACAACAACAACAACAAAAUUUCUUCAAGUAAAGCUUCUGUUUUUUCCAUUGUUCCUGAAAUCGGUAACGAUAAUGAAUUAGGAUUCUCAAUCGAUGAAAACGACGACGAACACCACCAAUUUCUUGGCCAUCAACAAGAAGUCCCUGUUUUUGACCCAUUAUUUGAUGACCAAAAAUUGUUGUUAACUGAUGAAUUGGAGGAUUUUGGUGAUGGGUUUUUGCCAUCGGAGGUGGAUCUUGCGGAAUUUGUAGCGGAUGUGGAGAAUUUAUUGGGAAGACAAGAUGAUGAAGAACAACAACAACAAGACCAUGAUGGAAAUACAAAUAUUAUUGUUAAGGUGAAAGAUGAAGAUUUGGUACAAGAUUGUAUCAACAAGAACAAUAACCAUAAUGGGUAUUUGAUGGAUUGGGAUUUCAAAGAGGAAAUCGAAGAAGAAGAAGAAGAAGAAUUGAAAAUUAAAAACAAGAAGAAUAUUAUUUCAUUAAGGUUGAAUUAUGAUGCAGUUAUUACAGCUUGGGAUGCUCAAUCUUCACCAUACACUACCGGAAAUCGCCCUCAAUUCGACCUUGAUGAUUGUUGGGAGGAAUGGAGUGGAGUAUGCAGUAAAGGAGGAAGAAAUGUUGUUGUUGAUGAUCAAGAAUGGAGAGGGAGGAAUAAUAAUGGUAUAAGUAAUGAGGAAAGAGAAGCAAGAGUUUCAAGGUAUAGAGAGAAGAGAAGAACAAGAUUAUUUUCAAAGAAAAUAAGGUACCAAGUUAGAAAACUCAACGCUGAGAAGAGACCAAGAAUGAAAGGCCGUUUUGUCAAGAGAACAACAACGUAACACCCAGUAACCUUUUCUAAUUUAAUUAAUUCUUCAAGUUCAAACCCUAUACCCUAAACCGAAACCCCACUGCCCCUCAUAAUCUUAAUAAUUAUGUAUAAUAAUAUUACUAAUUAGUGUUAUAUGUAUUAUUAUCUAUCUAUAUGUCUCGAAGCUUCGUUGCUUCGUUGCUUCGAUUCCUGCAAAAGUUUUGGAAGCUUUCAUUCUUAGGGAAUAAUAAUGAUAUAUGUUAUGAAGUACUGGAAGAAUGAAAGGUGAAGAAGUGAACACUUGUUUUUAUAACAAUAUCAACAUCCUGUUUUUGAAA